UUGUUGGUGAUGUUGAGCUGCUCUUCCAUCCGUGUUGAUAACCACUGCACUACAAAAGAAUGUAUUUUUGGUAAUCAACCUCAUGCUCAUUGCACAAUGCGUCGUUGCCAUUUCUCUUCUAACGAUGAUCUGAUAAUAAGAAACCACAUCACAAUAUUUCACGAUAACAAUGUGUUGCCGCCCAUGACAGCGUUUUACCACAUAGAUUCCAAAUGCAAUCUUAUCAAUAUUGAAGGUCCUUGCAUAUUCUCAUUGAAGAAAAAUCAUUUUCACUGUCUUUCAUGCGGGAUAGCAUUCUUCUCGUUAUCUGUUCACAGCAGCGUGAGCUGUCAUAACAUGAAGACUCCUCAUGUCUUCAAGAAUAAAGUCAAAAACGAAGUGUGUAUCAGACCAUUCUGCAAAUUAAAAAAGAAGCAGCACUUUCACUGCAAGAUUUGUGAUCAAGGAUUUUCGAGUCGUGAGAAGCUCCUUAGUCAUUCUGAAAAACACAAUGUGAAGCAUAAGCAUCUGUCGAAAACAUUCAGAAAUAAUCAAUUGGUAACUCCGGUUUCUUCAGUUAUUCGGAACAUUGAUGAAUUGCCAAAAGAUGAGAGUGAAAGUAAAAGUGAAAAUGCUAUGGGAAACAACUUGAAGCUGGCUUCGCCUUUUCCAGACUUCAGCGCUCCUUUCAAUAUCUCAAAUAUCAAAAUAGAUGUUGGCAUGUUGACUUGA